CUUGUAGUUCAUUCUGCAGGAGGUAAAGGCUUUGUGAGUCGGCCUCAGAGGUACAAAAACAACGUAGUUUCAUAAAACCAACGGACAAUCUUCAUGAAGAAUUGAUACUCAAGGGAAUCAACAGAAAAAUGAAGAACAGGAUUGUGUCUUUAUUACUCGUGUGCGGUGUGUUUUGUGUUGAUGCAGAUGAAGUGAAGUCAGUGUCAGUGAUGGAGGGAGAUUCUGUCACACUACACACUAAUGUCACUGACAUACAGACAUCUGAUGUGAUACGGUGGAGGUUUGGAGAAGGUGAAUCCAGGGAUCUUUUAGUUGAUAUUGAUAAAAACUGUAUUAGUUAUAAUGGUCCAUUCAAAGACAGACUUCAGACAGACAUUCAGACUGGAGAUCUCACCAUCACAAACAUGAGAAUCAAACACUCUGGACCCUAUGAAGUACAGAUCAGCAGAGCUGGAACAAUAUACAAGAGAUUCAGUGUUAAUGUCACAGUUGCUCCAAGUGUUGUCAGUGCUGGUGAUGUGAAGUCAGUGACUGAGGGAGAUUCUGUGACUCUACACACUGAUGUCCAAACACAGAGAGAUGAUCUGAUACUGUGGAGGUUUGGAGAUGAUGGUGUUCUCAUAGCUAAAGUGGAUAAAGAAGACAAUAAGAGCUCAAUAUAUGAUGAUGUUCUUGAUGGGAGAUUCAGAGACAGACUGAAGCUGGAUCCUCACACUGGAUCUCUCAUCAUCACAAACACCAAAACCACAGACACUGGACUUUAUAAACUAAAGAUCAGCAGCAAUAGAGACAUAAAAUACAAGACAUUCAGUGUUUCUGUCAGUGAUGGAGGUCUAUCUUCAGGAGAUGUAGUUGGAAUAGUGUUUGGUGUCCUGCUGUGUAUUGUUGUUGUUGUGUUUGUGUUUCGCCGCAUUAAUUAUGAACGUCAGAAUCGAAAGGUUACAGAAAAGACAGUGAUUGAGAACAAGAGUUCUGUCACUCUUGAGUCUGAUGUCACUGAACUCCAGUCUGAUGAUGUGAUCGAGUGGAGCUUUAGAGAUAAAGUGAUAGUCAUAUUCAGUAUGAACAACAAGCUCUUUACUGAUGAACAGAGAUUCAGAGACAGACUGAAGAUGAAUGAUCAGACUGGAUGUCUCAUCAUCACAAACAUCCGAACAGAAGACGCUGGACUGUAUAAAGUAAAGAUCAGCAGCAGCAGUCGAGUGAAAUCAUUCCUUCAGUUCAUCACCGGUGGAGGACCAUCAUACUAUCAAUUCAAUGUUAUUGUUACAGUUGAAGAGAUGAUAGAAGCAGAAGUGUUGGCAGAUUCUGUUUCUCCAGAGAUUGAUGUUACUGAAAGGGAGACUGGUGAUGUGAGAGCAGGUGCUUCAUGUAUUGUUUAUGUCAGGGAUGUUGUGACAGAUUCAGCAGGAUCAGCAGAAGAUGACUCCCCAACAGUUGUGAAUCCUUUACUGAAUGAAGCAGAAGAUGCUUGAUCAGCUGAUAGAUGCUUAAUAUCACUUCUGUAACAUCAUCUACAGCAGCGUGUCUCGAUGGAGGCAACAUUUGAUAAUUUGGAUAUUCUUUGGGGGGCGUUUGAAAGUUUAUACCAAAUAUAGUCGAGCGUGACAGUGAGCACCGCACGAUACACUCACAGAGCUUGUGACAUGCAUCCAAAAUUCUGCUGCUUCACGCCGGACAAAGCUCUUCACGGCACUCGCAAACAGGUAUUAAGAAACAUAUCAAUAAGUUGUUAUUCUCCUCGAGAUGCGAGCAGCACCUUGUCUGUAUGAAACGUUUGGAAAAGUGUGUACCUUUACUCUUGAGUGUUUGUCUUAAAGAAAUCUGUACUUUUACUUCAUUACACUACGUGACGUUCCUUCAUCCCUGAGUGAAUGAUUCUUUUGAGUCGAUUCUUUUAAAAGCAUUAAUUGAACACUGGAGGAAACCAGCUGAACAGUUUCAUGAAUCACUUCAAAUUAUUUGUCCAUAUAUUCCCCUCAGAGUUUUUCAUUCUCUCUGGAGAAGACAAAUCUGCAUAAGCUAGUGCUUAAUCUAUAUAAAUAAUAUUUUAGUUUUUAAUGCGUAGUCUGUCGUAAUGUAUUGUUUUAUUACUUUUUGACUACUGUUACAGUAUUUUUGUAAGUCUGACUGAAACCUUUCUCUUUUAACACAAAAUAAGAUGUUAUUACACUUUCAAUGUCUUUACAAAAAAAAACGGAGUUAUGAAAAGAGUGUUUAUGUUCUGCAGACAGCUAGAUAUGUAAUAUAGUGUUUAUUUCUAUUUCCAGCACUGUCGCGUAAGAUGUUCUUGUAAAUAAUAACUGUAAUAUGCAUCACUGGUCAAUCCAUCCAUCUAUGUAAAUAAAAACAUUCUGCUAACUACUAAAACAAGAUGGAAACAACCAAACUAUGGGACGAGUGAAGGAACAAACAGCUCAUAAUCUACUUUUUUAUACAAGAAUAGAAGCUUUGAUGCAGUAAUACUUUUAUAAUUUUGUAUGUCCUUUUGCAUAAACUGUCUGCUACAUGAUAAAAAAAGCAUGUUUUCAUUUACCACUUGGACAAUGUUUCACUAUUUUUUAAGCAUGUUCUGUGUAUUAUUGAUGCUCGUGCUGCAAGAGAAUAAAAACUAGUCUGACAACA